AUAUUAAUAUUUUUAUGUAAUCAGUAUGAAUCACAACAUGGCAAAUGUUUGUGAAAUAUAAGACCUGGUCCUUUUUUCUGACAUUUUUUCAGCAACUUAUUUUGUUAGUUUUUUCAUUUACAGCUUACUUUUGAAUAAUUGAUUUGUUUUGGAUAACAGUAUUUUCUAAAAGGUAUACCACUGAAAGUUCAGAAUGAUACUACUGAGUUUGUGUUACUGUAAUAAUCUUUGUGCUUUAGUUGUUCAUAUUAACUGAUUUCUGAAAUAUGCAAACUAAAUUUUAAAAAAAACAAAAAAAAACAAAAGAGAGAGAGAACCACUGCCCUUCAGCAUGUGUUUGAGAGUGAGAAUGUAAAAUGUCAGCUUGGUAACAGUUGUCUCUUAUCAGGUUGCAUUCCUGCUGCAUAUCAUCAUCAUUAUUAGCUCUUCUGGUAAUGCCUUGUGUCUACUGUUACUUUGUUCAGGGCUACAUUCACCAACAGAAAACGGACAGGUUGAAGGUGUAUAAAGGGGUCGGGAAUAACAGAUUCAUGUAAUUUGCACGACCCAAAAGGGGUAAAAUUGUGGCAGUGGGUGAAGAUGAGGAUUAAACAAAGCCAGCGGGAGGGGAACUCUUGGAUACAGUGCGCAUACGUAACUGGAGAGUAGAUUAGCUGGUGGCAAGGCAGAAGAUGAUUCAUAAAAAAGUUUAAAAUAGUGAGGAUUAGAGAGGCUCAUGGAGUGGGUGGGAGGCAUCAGUUGGGAUGAUGCUCCAUUCGUACCCUCCUCCCAUGGGGCGGGCAGGAUGUCAACAAGGUCCAGCACCAGCUGACAAGCUUGCACUCCAGCCCAGCAGCGCAUUAGCAUCUCUUCCAGUGUGUCCAGCCCCCAUUUACCCCUCCACACCCAGCCAUCCAGCUUUUAGGCGUUGGGGCCAUGGGGAUUGCCUUUUUAGGAGACACCUGACCACAGCUGAACUCACCACCGCCUCAACACAAAGAAGCUGUGGCUGAUAACAUGAUGCUUUUGUGUAUGAGAUGAGACACUAGAGGAGAGCUCAGAGGGUGGGAAGGUGGGAGAGGUCUGUGAUAGCUCCACAUCAAAGUCUUAACAACACUGUGAGAGCUGGAGAGUCUGUUUGAAGUUCUUCAGGAUGCUUUGGGGCAAGAGAGUUUGUACUGUUUUCACUGUUCUGUGACGGUCUACAAAUCUAAAAAUCCCAAGAGAGGAGGCAGUUUAAUUCAAGAGAAGAUCCUUUGGGUGAGCCAGCGUGAGCAGAGCCCAGCAACAUGGAGAAAUUCAAGGCAGCCAUGGUUCUGGGUGCUGUCGGGGAUGCCUUGGGCUACAGGAAGGGUCGCUGGGAAGGCUGCACCUCAGGCAAGAAGAUCCAGGAGGAACUGGCCUCUCUGGGGGGACUGGGGGCCCUGAAGCUGGACCCUGAAAACUGGCCCCUGAGUGAUGCGACGCUGAUGCACAUGACCACAGCAGAAGCACUUAUAACAGAUUACUGGUGUCUGGAGGACUUAUACCGGGAGCUGGUGCGUCUCUACGUUGAAGCCAUGGUGUCUCUCCAGGGCAGAGCCCCUGAUCCUGCCACAGUGGAGGGCUGUGUUCAUCUCAAACCUCACAACUUCCUGCUUGCCUGGCAUACACCCUUCAAUGAAAAAGGAUCUGGAUUUGGGGCAGCUGCCAAGGCCAUGUGUGUGGGUAUGAGAUACUGGCAGCCUGAGAGACUGGACAACCUGGUGGAGGUCAGCAUUGAGAUUGGCAGAAUGACACACAACCACCCCACAGGUUUCCUCGGCUCCCUGACAACGGCACUGUUUGCAUCCUAUGCGAUCCAGGGGAAACCCCUUGUGACUUGGGGCCACGAGCUCAUGAAGGUCAUCCCUCGGGCUGAGGAGUACUGCAGGAAGACCAUACGACACAUGGCAGAGUAUCAGGAAAACUGGUUCUAUUUCGAGGCCAAGUGGCAGUUUUACCUUGAAGAGAGAGAGAUAGACAAGGAAGGACAGAACAAACCUUUGUUCGCUGAUCGCUAUGAUGCUGAGGAGACAGACAAGAUGUAUAAACGUUGGAGCUCAGAGGGCCGUGCAGGCCGCAGAGGUCACGAUUCCCCCAUGAUAGCCUACGACGCCCUUCUGGCUGCAGGGAGUGACUGGAAUGAGCUGUGCAAACGAGCCAUGUUCCACGGAGGUGAGAGUGAAGCCACAGGCCUGAUCGCAGGCUGUCUCUAUGGCCUCAUGCACGGCAUGAACCAGGUUCCCCCGGGUCUAUUCCAGGAUCUGGACAAAAGAGAGCGCCUGGAGGAGCUGGGAGAGGCGCUCUACAAGGCAGCAUCUGCAGAGAGAUGCAUUGACAAGUAAUCCCGAUCUUCACUGGCCUGCAUCCUACUGGCUGUCAGCGGAACUGCACAUGACUCUAAAACUGCCUCCCUAUGUCCCACACUACCCUCUAGUCCUCCUUGGUAGCAUCUUAAUAGUCUUAAGUGGCUUCCUGUCCUCUCACCUAUUGCUUUCUGCUAGAUCAUCUCUCUGAUCCUGCAUCUGGAAUCAGUUUCAGUAUGACUUUAAGGCCCAGUGAAUGCUCCAGUGACUUCUCUCUCUUGAAUUUAAAUGGCAGAACUGUGGGGAAAUGAAAACUCUUUAAACAUUUAGUUAAUUUUAAGAAUUGUACAGUAGUUAACAACCAGAAGGUGAUUUCCACCUCUGAUCUUCUCCUUCUCUAAAGCUAACCUGCAUUAACAUUAAACACAAUGUUAUGCUGUACCAUGGAGUAAUUCGUCAAAAUCUGCAUAAAGUUUUGUGCAAAUAUUGUCUACUGUGGGUUUUGACAAAGGUCUCAACAGUAAGCUCAGCAUACCUGAUUUCCCGCUAUCUAAAAACAUUAACUGAAUCUAAAGCACCUGAUAAAUGAACAGCUUUCACUCUCAACUUAUCUACCUUUAUCUUAGCAGUGCAUGAGAGAUUAAAUUAUGAAAUGCUUUUAACUUAAAAUGCAUAACAGUAUUGAGUUGUAGAAUAGUAUUUAUGUUUUCUUAUACUAUAUAUUACUAUUUGCACUGUGAUGCUAUUAUUAGGUACAGUGUACUAUACUGUGAAAGCACCAUUACAUGGUGAAUAUUAAUAUGACAAUUAAAAUUGACUGAUAUAUAUCAUGCA